AGUCGAUGACAGAAGGAAGACUAGAAGGCAAUCAAUUGCGGACGCAUCGCUAUUGUUUCCGAAUAUAGUAUAUGCCAUUUCGCUCCUUCUCGCAAUGUAGUGUAGCAAGCAGCUGGGCAUGGAGCACUCGGUUCACUGCAGCAGAAGAGUAUCGCUCAGCGGCAGCGGAGAAGUCAUUGAAAGCUAUUUGUAGAAUAUUCAUCGUUGUCUGGAACCAUGAUCCUCAAUCAUGGCAGCCUACGCGAGGGCAAUAGGUCGUGCUGACAAUUUGAGCGUCACUCGGAGUGGCAGCAUCAGCGGAAGGUCCCAGGAUGGAGCAACGGCGCGGCCAGAAACGCCUAGAGAAGAGAAGGAGAAGGAGAAACAUGAGAGUACCGAUGCAGAGUCACCUCAAACAGUAAUGCUUGAAGCCUCCGUCGCGAGUGAGACGAAAGAUAAAAAGGAUGUCCUGUGAGAGAGAUG